CAUGAUGCAUCCACAUACCCAAAUGACUUGACUUCACACACUUGAUCACUGUUCAGCAUUCACACUUCACAGUUCACAUACAGACACACUCACUUCACUUACAAAUUCCCAAUCCGACACACCCCCACCUUCCUUUCUCUUUCUUUCAUUCUACUGUUCACUCUCUCAUCACUUUUAUCUGUCCUCUUUUAUUUUGUUCCUUUUCCCAGGUCUUCUUGGAAAAGAAAAGUCGUUGUGCAGGUACCUUCAUGCUCCAACUACUUCCCCUUGCUUCCUCGUCAUUAUCAUCAUCUGUAAUUUCGUAUUAGCGUACACUACACACACUCCUCUUCCUAGCUGCCUUCACAGCAAAAUACUGGGUGUAAUAUCCACUAUAUAUACAGACCCCAGUGGAGGAAGUGAUGGAAGCAGUUUACAGGUUGAAACCUCUUUUGCCUUGUCUAGAGGAGGAAGUGGUUAGAGUUGGGAACGCUACUACUUCUGAGAUGCGUGUUGGAUCAACGGCUAAUUGUUGUUACCUGCAGCUGGAAGCUCCUCAACAGAAUAAUGUAACCGAGUCAUCAUCAGAUAUGUCAGAUCGGAUGAUCAAGAUCCAGAUCGCAAAUCACCCUCUUUAUCCAGAUUUACUCUCUGCAUAUAUAGAAUGCCAAAAGGUUGGAGCACCGCCGGAACUGGCAUGCCUUCUUGAAGAAAUAGGCCGAGAAAGCCACCGCAUGAAUGCUCGCCGUGAGAUUGUGGAGGGUCCUGAACUUGACCACUUCAUGGAAACAUUCUGCGAAGUUCUUCAUAGAUACAAGGAGGAGUUGUCCAGGCCCUUCAAUGAAGCGACGUUAUUUUUGGGUGACAUGGAAUCACAACUCAGCAACCUUUGUAAUGGAACACUAACAAAGUCAUCGGAUAACAACAACCGCUCCGAUGAGGUAGCUAGUGGGGCAUCAGAAGAGGAAUUAAGUUGUGGGGAGAUGGAAGCAUUUGAAGAUCAUGUAUCUUCUUCUGUAACUUGCCCAAGUGAUCAAAGGCUUAAAGAAAUGCUCCUUCGCAAAUACAGCGGCCAUUUUAGCGGUUUGAGAAAGGAAUUUCUAAAACGAAGAAAAAAGGGUAAGCUACCAAAGGAUGCAAGGAUAGCACUCAUGGACUGGUGGAACACCCAUCAUAGAUGGCCUUAUCCUACGGAAGAGGAGAAAGUGAAGUUGUCAGAAAUUACUGGACUGGAUCAAAAGCAGAUCAAUAAUUGGUUCAUCAAUCAGAGAAAACGUCAUUGGAAACCAACUGAUGACAUGCGAUCUGCCGUUAUGGACGGCAUAAGAGGACCUAUGUUGUUUUAAUUCUGGAAAGUGGUCCUCAACGAUCUGAUUCUGAACUUGGAAUCUUUGCAAUUGCAGGAGUAAUGUAUAUGUAUUGCAUUCCCUGUUAUACAUGAUAUACUAAAUUUUGGAGUCUGAACUGAUGAUUGCCAGGUGCGUUUGGCUAAUAUACUUAUCAAAUUUGUAGCUAUGGUAGUGUAAUGCGUCAUUGUAGUGCAGCAUUUCUGAAUCUUUUAUUACUUUUUAUAACAAUGUCAUGCUGAAGAAAGAAAAGAAUGGAUCUUCCUCUAGGUAGCAGCUCUUUCAUUAUAGUAUUUCACAAAAAUUAUUACUGA